AUGGCCGAGUCUCGAAAUUGCCACUUAUCUGGUCUCCAAGAUUAUCCAGUCACGCUCACCUGUAUAAUCGAUCCAUUUACAGAAAAUGUUGUUUUCGCCAAAUGUUUCGCCAGCCUGACACAGAGCGAUGUGAGACAAAUCAUUCAACGAGUCAAUGGGAGCUAUUGUCCUCCAUGCCUCAAAUCAGACAACGGAGAGGAAUGGAGCGACGACCAGCUGAGUGGUUCUGGCACUCAGCAGCAGAAUGAGAUCAUCACGUCAUCAGAUCGGGGUAGGAAAGGGCAUCACCUUCAUCUGAGGGCAUGGAGCACAUAG